AUGAGUCCUGGGAGAGUGCGCGAAAGCAUCGACGCCCAUCCGACAGAACCGCUAGCAUCUGCAGGCCAGCCACUGCUGCCGCUUCUAGCCUCGCUGGCUCGCAAGCGGCAGGCAUUGGCGCCCGCCAAGGAUGGCCAAAGUAGCCAAAAAGAUGGCGGUGAUGCAGUGAAUGCGAAGAAGAUGCCUUCGAGGAAGGCAAAGGCGAAGAUGAAAGCAAAGAGCCUUGGGCAUGCAAGUGUCUCCGUCCGCUCGCCUUUCGCCGUGAUCUCGGCUCGAGCUUGGAGCAUAACACGGCCAACCAGCGCUCAAGCGAGCAUCAGUGAAACACCAAUCUCAAAGAUGGUGCGAAAGAAUGCCGCCAAGAGUGCUCGUUCCGACUCUCCAGACUCCACGCGCGCCUCUGACUCUCCCAGCGAGUCAACGUCCAAGGAGGACCAGAAGCUUGUCACCCUCGAUCCAAAUCUGUGGUACAUCCACGGCAACUCUUACGACCUGCAUGAUUUCGUGGACAAGCAUCCGGGAGGACGCUUUGCUAUCCUGACAGGGCGUGGCCGUGACUGCACCGCCCUUUUUGAAUCGUAUCAUCCCUGGAACGACAAGCACAGGAAGGUUCUCAAGGCUCAUGGGGUGGCUCCGCCAGCCCCAGAUCCUUUCUAUGAGGAGAUCAAGGAAGGAGUGCGGAAGGCCUUCCCCGGUGGAUGCGGCAGCACACGAAUGCGCCCGCAUGCGUUCGUAGGACUGUCGAUCAUGUGGUGCAUCAUGAUGUGGCUGUUUUUCGUUGUCCGGACUCCCCUAUCCAGCCUGCUUGCCGGAUGCAUUGUCGCCACCGUUGGCACUCGUUUCUCCCAUGAGGGCGGCCACCAGCAAGUCAGCAAGAACGAAUGGGUCAACCGGCUGUGCCUGUUUGCCGGCUUCUUCCUGGUUGGACCUUCGAUGUGCUGGUACUACCAGCACGUCGUCAGCCACCAUGUGAGCACAAACCAGGAUGGGGAUGCCGAGAAAGACGUCGACGUGGAGUACAUCUGGAUCGCUGACAAGCUGCCAGGGUGGAUGAAGGUACUGUCCUUGCCUGGCAUGUUCAUUGGCACCGUGAUCGAGCUCGGUGUGAAGCGCAUGAUCGUGGACCUGCUUAUCCGUGGUCAUGUUGGCGGGCACAAGGUCGACUACCGCUUGGGUGGAAUUCUUUUCGAGAUCCCGUUGUGGUGCAUCUUGCACUACACCUUCGGUCCCUCCAUCCUGUGCUACUUGUGCAUGUACCUCACCGCGGGGGCCAUCUUCGUUCCUUGUUCCCAGGUCGCCCACGUGAUCCUCUACCCGAACUCCAACAAGUAUGACUCGUGGGCUAAGAUGCAGAUCGCAGAGAGUGUCGACUUUGCAUCCGAGUCGGACUUCUGGUUCCACAUGGCAUUCGGACUGACCACCCAGAUCGAACACCACCUGUUCCCGGGCAUCGGCUCCUUGUCCGACUAG